AGUCAAACAAAUCAGUCAACCCGUCCUAAGUCAAAGUGGCACGGUACCAACGUACGGCACCUGGACUAGGGCACGGCUUGGCAGUCUAGGGCACCACUGUUUUGGACAUGUCCGGUCUUCUUCUUCCUCGUCUUGCUUGAGCGUAGGGCGCGGCGCAUUCCAGUCGAGCGAUGGCGGGAUCGGCUGCAGCGUCGGCAUCGGUCACUGUUCCCAGGAGUUUCCGGCUGCUCGAUGAACUGGAGCGAGGGGAGAAAGGGCUGGGAGAUCCACUGGUGAGCUUGGGAAUGGACGACGCGGAUGACAUUUACAUGCGCUCCUGGACGGGCACCAUCCUUGGGCCGAGCAAUUCCAUUCACGACGGCCGGAUCUAUCAACUUAAGUUGUUUUGCGACAAGGAGUAUCCGGACAAGCCACCGAGCGUGAAAUUCAUGUCGAGAAUCAACAUGACCUGCGUCUCCCAAGACAAUGGCGUUGUAGAUCCCAAGAACUUCCCCAUGCUAAGCAACUGGCGACGAGAUUACACCAUGGAAGACAUAUUGAUUUCUCUGAAACGAGAGAUGGCUUUGCCGCACAACCGAAAGCUUCCGCAACCACCAGAGAACAGCACAUUCUGACCAGCAGUACCUUGUGCUCGAGAAAAUGGUUUGCCUUUUUACGAUCGUACGCGUCUUCUACAUAUAGAUUUUUGUUGUGCUACUUAUGUGACAUUUCGGCUCACUAACUGGAUAAGUGUGUGCUGCUGCGUGUGCAGUACACAGAGUUAGGAGCCUCAAAAAUUUCAACUCAAGAACAGCGAGAAAACAUAUCUUCAUCUGGCA